UUAAAAUUAUGUGAUUUUGGAACUGUUGCUAAUAAAAAUGGUAAUUUAUGUGAUAACAAAGGCUUUGCUGCUUGGAUGGCACCAAAGUUAUACCCAUAAAUCUGACAUUUAUUCUCUUGGAAUUUCUAUGUGGGAGAUGGCUUUUCAUUUAAUGUGUACAUUGGUUAUACCGAUGUAG